UGGUCAUUUGUAUUUGGAACGCCGUAGCAGACAGAAGGACUCGGGUGAACAGCGACGAAGCGUGCGAACGGAGUGGAGCGGCUACUUUUAGCGCCCUUUUUUGUUUAAUUUUCCCCACUAACAACAACAUUUUGGCAACAUUUCGGCAACUAAAAUAUAAAAAGAAGAAGAACAUUUUCGUGCUCUAAACGCGGGAAUAUAUCAAAUAUAUAUUCCAAAUAAUAUUUGUGUUCGUAAACAAUUUUUUUCUGUUUAAACCGAUCCCCGAUAAACGAUUGAAAACAACGCGAGAAGUGAUCUUGGAAAAAGCGGUAAAGUGGCGAGGAGAGCGUGAGAACGAGAGCGACCGAGAGAGAGAGAGCGCGCCAUUCUCGCGAAAACAAAAUUCAAAAUUCAAAAUUUACGAUUCGUUUCGGUUGCAAAUAUUGGUUUUCUUCAGUUCGUACUCGUAUUAUUUUUCGACUCUGCUGUUUUGUAAUUCGCUUUAAAGAGCGGAGAGCAAGCGCGAUCAUAAAAGAGCGAAGCGAAGCAGCAGGAAAGGAGAAAGAAGGAGCAAAGAAGCAGCAGCAGCAGUCCAACGAAGAAGUGCCCAAAGCAAGGCGCAGAUAAUACAAAUACAAAAAUUUACCAAAAAACAAAAAUAUCACUUAAACAACAAAAAAAAAAAAAAAUAAACACAAACGAACGGCUUGGCCAAAGCCAACGAAAAAUCAGCGUGAGAAAAGCGGAGAAUGCAGCUUUAAAAUCCUGAAAAGAAAGAAAUGACAAACGGAAGUGGCAGCAAAAAAACGUUAACAACGACUUAUGUAGCGGUCCAUGACGAGUAUUAAAACCGAAAUGCCGCCGUUGCACGCGGCAGAGGCAUUAGCCGUUAGCAGUGACGGCGGAGGAGGAGGGGGCGGGGGAGGAUCGGGCGGAGGAUCCGGAGGAGGAUCAGCAGGAGGAUCAGGAGGCGGAGGCGGUGGAGGAGGAUCAUCUGGAGGCGGUGGCAGUGCGCCCGCCACGCCAAAUGCCACAAUAAGUGCCGCCGCCGAUUCCAGUGAUAAUCAGCCAGGAACCCCGCAACCCCCGCAGCAGCAGCAGCAGCAGCAACAGUCGACAACGCAGCAGCAACAGUUGCAGCAGCCCCAAUCGCAACAGCAGCAGCAGCAGCAACAACAACAGCAGCAGCAGCAGCAAUCCAUGGUUGAUCCUCAGCAGCAGCAAUCUUCGACGGGCAUCACCCAUCAGCCGUAUGCCACACACCACAUGUACUCCUCCACCGGCGGACAGCAGCAGCAGCAGCAGCAGCAGAUCUACGGCGGCCUCUACGGCGGCGAGAUGCAGCAGCAGCAGGGGUACGCCAGCAGCUACAUAAACAGCUACGAGCAGUUCUACCAGCAGCAGCAACAGCAACAGCAGCAGCAGCAGGGCUCCACGGACUACGCCUCCUUCGGGGGCUUGGAUUACGGCAAGAGCUCCGGGGUGCGCUACCAUCCCUACCUGCAGACGCCCACUUCCGGCGGACUGGUGGGCGGCCUGCCCACCGCCAGUGCGGCUCAGUCGCAGGAGGAGGCGGGCAGCGGGGGCGGGAACGCGGUGAGCACCACCACAACGGUGCCGAUGAGUCCGCGGGUGGUGAGCAGCAGCAGUCCCACCUCCACGUCCUCGCAUUUGCAGCUCGGCGGCAGUUCGAGCGGCCAAACUCCGGGCUCCCCGGGCGGUGGAGCCACCGGCGGUUGCAAGUUGCAGUGCAAGAAGUGCGGCAUCCUCACCACCAACGAAUCGGAGCUGCAGGAGCACAUAGCCAAUGUCCAUGGGGAGUCGCCGUACGGGAGCAGCGGCUACGCCAGUUCCCCGUACAUCAAGGAGGAGAUGCCGACGCCGCAGCCACCGGGCGUCGGUUCCGCCGCCGCCAAUCCCGGCGAGCUGCUCGACCUGGACUCCCAGAAGAUGGUCUACCACCAGCAGCUGCUGCAGCAGCAACAGCAGCAGCAGCAGCAGCAGCACGACGCAGUGGUCGGCCUCCCACUGGGCGCCCUGCCCGAUCCCCUCCACUCGAUGCAGUCCAUGCAGCAGCGAGCCCUCCACAGCUGGGAGCAGCAGCAGCCGCCGCAGCAGGCCAUCGGCUCCGUGGAGGGACUGCCGCCCUACAUGCACGGCCAGCACGGACUGGGUCUGGGUGUGGGCGUCGGCGUGGGCGUGGGCGUGGGCGUGGACAAGUCACCCUACUACUCGCCGAAGCAGUCGCCGUACCACCAAUCGGCGGCCACGCUGAUCAAGCAGGAGUACGGCGGCCACGGGCUGAUCAAGUCCGAGUACCCCGACUCGCAGCACUACGUGGACAAGUCCUUCGAUCCGACGGUGAGUGGGAACGGAGCUCCCGAGCUCUGCACCAGCGUGGCCACCAGUCCGGCGGAGUUCCCCAGCACCACGACGGGCGGCGGUCAGGACUCGUCGGCGGGCGCCGGCGGUGCUCCCAACUAUCGCGGCUUCGAGCCACCCAGCUCCAGUUCGGUGCUCCCGGCCAACAGCCUGACGGCCAAGGCGGCCACCUGGAAGUCGAACGAGGCCCGCCGGCCGAAGACCUACAACUGCACCGCCUGCAACAAGUGGUUCACCAGCUCCGGCCACCUGAAGCGCCACUACAACACGACGCUGCACAAGAACGCGGUGAAGUCGAGCGGCCAGCCGGAUCCGGCCACGCUGCCCAUUUCGGCGCACCACCAUCCCGCUCGCGAUCCGGUGACGAAGCCCAGUCGCCGGGGCAAUGCCGCCGCAGCAGCAGCCGCCGCAGCGGCAGCAGCAGCCGCCUCGGCUGGCGGCGGACAGCAGCAGCAGCAGCAGCAAGUGCCGCAACCGCCGCCGCCGGCCAAUGUACCGCCGCCGGAGCCGCCGAGAAGUCCGCCCGAUUAUGGGGGAGGAGGAGGCGGUGGCGGUGGCUUGGGCGUGGGAGCGAUGGGCGGCGCUGCCAUGUCCCAGUACUCGACCUCGCCCUCGCCCACGCAGCAGCAUCACAUGAGCCACCAUCAGCAGCAGCAGCAGCAGCAGCAGGCUAAUGGUUAUGCCAAUGGCACGGCCAAUGGCUAUGGCUACAUGCAGCAACAAGUGCAAUCCACGACAAACGCUUCACCACAGCACGCUUCCAAUCAGCAGCAGCAGCAGCAGCAACACCAUCAGCAGCAGCAGCAGCAACAGAUGCCACAGCAUCACAACUCCGUUCUGAACGGUCACCCAAACGGGCUAGCAGGUCCCUCCGCCCCACACAACAACAACAACACCAUCCAAAUGCCGUCCUCCCAAAUGAGGGGCCUGCUGAACGAAACAACAACCACGCCGCCGCCGCCACCAACAACAACAACGCCACCAGCAAUAGCACAACAAGCCACAGCAGCAACAACAGCAACAGCAACCACAGCAACAGCAACAGCAAUCCGAGCAGCACAAAUCACAGCAGCAACGGCGGCAGCUACAAAGACCGAGCAAAUGGAGGACAGCAAUCACACUCAAUCAUCACACACCCUCACCCACUCGCACAUCCACUCGCACACGCACACACACAUGGACACGCACACGCACUUGGACAGCAGGAGCAACAGCUGCAGCAACAGCAACAGCUCAAUGGCCACGGAGGAGGCGGAGGAGCAGGAGCUCCUCCAUCGGGAUCCCUCGGAAUCGGGGGACGAUCACCUGCAUCAGCAGCAGCAGCAGGUGGAGCAGCAAUAUCUGCUAACCUCGCGCCACUAUCACAACAGCACGCCCAACAGCAACAGCAGCAGCAGCAACAACAGCAGCAGCAACAGCAACAGCAGCAGCAGCAGCAACAUCAAUCGCAGCUCGCCCCUUACUAUCUACCGACAGGAGCCGCUGGGAACGGAUUUCUCGCGCACCACCACGCGCACCACCAUCACCCCGCCGCCGCAGCCGCUGCCGCCUAUGGGAAUGCUGCCGCCUAUGGGAAUGGACUACAACAUGCUGGCUUUGGAUAUGCCCAUGCCCAUGCCCACGCUCAUGCACAGCAGUAUGCUGCAGUGCAGCAGCACCAGCACCACGCCGCUAGCUACUACCAUCACCACCAGUAUGCCGCCGCAGGACACUAUGCCGCAGCCGCAGCAGCAGCAUCAUCUGCUGCACCACUACCACCCGGCGGCAGCAGCAGCAGCAGCGGCGUCGGCGGUGCUCCAUCCGCAUCAGCAGCAGGAUCAGGAGGAGCAGCAGCAUCAGCUGCAGGAGCAACAGCAGCAGCAGCAGCUGGAUCACCAACUGGAUCAGCAGCAGCAGCAGCAGCAUCAAGCGCUAAUCCUGGCGGACAGUUUGCCGCACAGCAGCAGUUCGCCCACCAGCAGCUGCCCAACUCCGCCGCAGCAGCAGCCGCUCAUGCCGCUCACCACCAUCACAGCGCCGCAGCUGCUGCCGCUGCAGCCGCCGCCGCCGCACAUCACCAGCACCAUGCCCAUGCCGCCCACCAUGCACAUGCCGCCCAUCAUGCCGCCGCCGCCGCCAUGCUACCAGCAGCUGCAGCCGCUGGACCCCACAAUGAGCUAUCACACUAUUAUUGGUAGUGGCUCCACUCCACUGCCGGACCACGCCUCCCCCUACGGCGGCGGUCACCACCACGCCCAGCUGGCCACCACCAGCGACGGCCAGAUCCUCCAGCUGAUCCAGCCCACCUCGCUGUUCGCUCCGUACGCGCCCAUUUCGCCCUACUCGGUGGCCGCCCAGCGGUCGCCGCAGGAGGGCGACCUGCCGCCGGUCCACACGCUGACCACCGCCCUGCACGCCCACCAGCAGGGCGGCCAGCAGGAGGCGCAGACGACCACGCUGACGGUGCUAUCGACGCCCUACUCGCCCACGGUGAGCAGUUCGCGGGCAACGCCUGCGCUGGACAUGGACAUGGCCACGCUGAUGCAGCAGCAGCAGCAGCAGGACUACGAGAUGGAGCAGUACCACCAGCUGCAGCACCAGCAAAUGGAGCAGAUGGAGCAACUCCAGCAGCAGCAGCAGCAGCAGCAACUGGAGCAGCAGCAACAGCAGCAAUUGCUGGCGGCGGAACCGCAGACCCAGAUUCUGGGACAGCAAAGUGUGCCGAAGAAGCGACGCAAUGCGGUGACUCCAUCGACCACGACCACGACGACGAAGAGGCGGAGGAACAGCAGCGUGGGCUCCACGUCGCCGCACUCGACCACGCUGCCAUCGGGGAGGAUCAAGUGUCUGGAGUGCGACAAGGAGUUCACCAAGAACUGCUACCUGACGCAGCACAACAAGAGCUUCCACUCCGCAUCCAGGAGGCAGUCGAAAUCGAGAACAUCUAUAUACUCGGCCCAGCGACGGAUCAAAAUUUAAGCGAAUUGAAUUAUUUCGGACAAGCCGUUGAUCUUGGGCCAAUUUCAUUUUAUUUUUUGGGCAAGAAUACGCCACAAAAGUACACAUCAACUUAAACCCCCGAUCAUCAUUGACAACAAGGACUUCAGGAUCACAAAAGAAGCUUUCUCCCUUCACCUAAAAAUAUAUAUUUUUUUUCCAUUUUAAGAACUAUUUUCGGUUGAAAUAUUUUAGUGCAAUAAGUGGAUUUGUCAUUUUUUUUUGCGAAAGGAACGUACUAAAGAUUCCCCGAAAAUCUCUUAGUGCAAAUUUAGAUUAACAAUCGCCUACCCUCGUUUAUGAAUAUGAAUGUGCAACAAGAAAAUAUGAUAAAAAUGGGCACUUUUAAGCCCAUCUUAUCGAACGCUCCUGGCCAUUAUUCCAAAUUACAAAACAAACAAUUGCAAUUGCAUUCAUUUAGCUGUAAAUAGGCGUAAAAAGGAUUCACGGACUAAAAUGAAGAAAGCGGAAGGAAGCAGCAGGAUAUUGUCUCCUAUAUCAACAUUGUGCAUAUCAUUUAUUGGGCAAAACGGAAAAACAAUAAUUAAACUUAAAUAGCAAAAGGUUAAAAAGCAGGAGAGGCAAUACUUUUAGUUGAAAUUGAAUUGAAUCGAUUCGCUUUGCGAAACGCAUCUCAUCCGUCAGUUGGGAGUGUUUACUGUGCAAUACAAAGUACUAACUAUACUUUUUUUUUUUCAUGUGUAAACUCGAAAUGUUAAGGACGAAACGCGAUUACGAAAGGAUUACCUCGGCAAAAGCAAAAGCAGCUCAAAAAGUAAUAGAAAUCUACCUCGUUAGCAAUACGAAAAAUACAAAUGAAAAUACAUAUACAAAUGCAAGACAGCUAAAAAAUAUAUAUUUUAGUUUGAAUCUUAUUUGGAAAUGAGAGAAAAGAAAAAAAAAAAACGAAAUCGAAGAAAAUGUCAACUAAUUAUACGUAAAACUAAAGCAAAUAACUUUAAAUAUAAUUGUUUAUAUAUGCUAUUUAUACACACACCUAUACAUAUAUACGAAGGAUACUUCUAGGCUUAAUACACCACACCACACCACCCCCCUCCCCCUCCCCCUGGGCCACCCAUCCCCCCAAAAUCCUCGAGUUGCGCAACAAUUGUCAUCAGUUUAAAUUUGAAUCUUUACAGUUUGGCCAGCUAAUCAUGAAUUUGUUGCUCAUAUGACAACGCAACCACGCCCACUCCCACGCCCACUACGGGGGGCGGUGGCCCAAGGUGAUAAAAGGGGGCGUGGCCGAAAAAGAAGAAGGGAGCAGUAGAGUUGCCACCCUCUGAGAGAAAAACAAAGAACACCUCCCAUCUCAACCUUCUAUCUUACAACGAAAAUCCAAUUGAGAUGUGGAAACAAAUCAAGUGAUUUUUAUACUUCUGCAAGGAUCCUGUAAUGUAUCACUUAAAUAAACUAUUUGUCUGCUAUUUUCAACUAAAUAAAUUUAAGCAAAUCCAUUUAGAAGUUUACUCGCCAUAAAUAAAUCCAUUAAAAUGUAAUUCAACUUACCAAAAUCUCAUAAAGAACAAGAACCUUGCAGGAUUAUUAAAUACUUUCGGAUCACCGAAUCGAUUUUUCCUUCCCUGAACUUGAACAAGUUUUGUUUGUGUUUAGAAUUAAAUUAAAGCGUAAAUAUAGUUUUUUUUUUAAAAGCAGAACACCUAAGCAAUAAUUGAUGCAGGCAAACUCUUUGGUUCAGACUAAAACGAUUCUUUCGAUCUAAGCCAAAUGCAAUUUCUCGAGAGAAAACGAAAGCUUAAAGAAAAACAAAGAAAAAAAGAGAGAAACUAAAAACAUAUUUGAAUUAUGUAGCAACUACAUGUUAAAUUUUAGCAAUUAAUUAUUAAAUAAAACAAAAAUGGGAGCACAAAACCCGCAUGAAACCUACAAAUUAUACACACAUAUACGAAUAUGAUGAUCGGGUAUAUUUAAUGGACAUUUUUAAGAAGCACCAAGUGAAGAAACAAACACUGAAACCGCCAAAGAGUUUAUAGGAAAAGUUGAACAAUCGCCAAAUGCAUAAUCCAUAUGUGGGUUUAUCUUUCACAAACCGAAUGAAUUUUUCCCAGUUUCCGAAUAUUUCCACUUGAUUUCAUAAUUGCCAGUGAUCUGGAUAAAAUUUAAAGGAAAAAUACCAAUCGAUUUGUGGAAGAAUAGCCUGCAUGUGCGUAGUAGGAAUUCGAAAAACAAAUAAUUCUACAAGGAACCGUGUACCUCUCUCUCCACCAACAAUCACCCAAAAACAAAAAGCAAAUGAAAAUUGAAAAUUGAAAAGAAAAGCACACAGACAAAGGUAUAUUAAAGUCAGAAUCUUAAGCGAUAAAUACCAAUUAUUUUUUGUGGAUGUUGUGUGUGCGUGUGCAUUGAUAUUUGUACAUUUUUACAAGCAAACUUAUAAGCAAACUCCUCAGAUGCCAGCGCAACAGGCCAAAUAAACCAGAUAAACCAAGGAAACCCCAACUUGUGUCAUGAAUUUUAACAAAAUGAUUUUAUAUAAUAAAAGUUAGGAAAACUCAGUGUUAAAUGGUUUGGCAUCAGGCCAAUGCCAUGUAUAACGAUAUAUACAUAUAUAUAUAUCUCAAUGUACCCCAAAAACCAAGAAAAACCAAAAAUCGGAACCCAGAUUGUAAUCGUAGGAUCCGCAACCAAAUGAAUUUAUGCACGAGCAUCGCAAGCAGUGAAAAUCAGUCGAAAUUGGCUCCCUAUUCGUGUAUCGCUAUAGUAAACCUGUACAUAGAUUUAUGUGUACGAUGCAUAUGAGCCACGGGUCUCCCCCCUUUCCAAAACCCUUUACACCCAAGGAGAAACCGAAAUUGUCAAGCCCAAAGUAUUGGAUGCGAAACAUGACAGAAAAAAAAAUGAUUUUUUUUGAACCGAAAUAAAGAAUGUAAACUACA